GUCCGAGUGAUACACAGAGAAAUAUCGCCUUCUUUGUUUUCUUGCCCCAACAGCGAAGGAGCAGCUCCACUGCCAUUUUCGCCGCAGUGAUGUCGUCCUCUCCAUCACCUAACUCGGCCCCUUCACCGACCUCCCCUACUCCUCCGUCGCCUCCCACCUCUCCUCCGUCGCCCUCCGCUUCCCCUCCCACCUCUCCUCCUCCUCAAUCGCCCCCAUCCCCUCCACCUCCGGCGGCCGCGGCACCUCCAAACUCCUCAUCUACGCCUCCUCCGUCAUCCACUCCGCCUUCUCCGGCGCCGCCUGCGAUACCCUCAUCCUCGAUCCCACCCCCACCGGGCGGAUCAUCUGGGUCGGGGGGAAAAAAACCGCCGUCCCAUGUUUCGCCCCCCUCUCCACCGUCAUCUUCGGAUUCGGUAUCUACGGAUCUUUUGGUAGGGUUGAUUGUGGGUGGAGUGGUGAUUCUAUUGCUGUUGGGUACUGUCUGCUUUUGCUGCUUUAGAAAGAAGCGACGCCGUCGGCCGCCGACGGCGGCAUCGCCGCCGUUGUAUCAGUUUCAUGGUGCUUCGCCGCCACCCCCUGCAAAAGAUCAUCCUUAUGAACAACAACACCAAAAUUGGCACAAUGCUCCUCCACCAGAUCAUAUUGUCAAAGUAGCCCCAACUCCACCUUUCCCACCCUUUGCUCCUCCCGCUCCCUUUUCUCCCAUGCAUUUUCAUCCACCCCCUCCGCCACCACCGCCGCUUCCCACCAACAGCGGAGGUUCUGGGUCAACUUAUUCCGGAUCUGAAAAUCCGCUGCCUCCACCAUCACCAGGCUUUGCUCUUGGCUUCUCGAGGAGCACAUUUACAUAUGAAGAGUUGGUAAUGGCAACAGAUGGGUUCUCGGAUGCUAAUCUUCUCGGGCAAGGUGGGUUUGGAUAUGUUCAUCGAGGAAUGCUGCCGAGUGGUAAAGAAGUUGCCAUUAAGCAGUUGAAGUCCGGUAGCGGGCAAGGCGAGCGUGAGUUCCAGGCUGAAGUCGAAAUCAUCAGUCGAGUGCAUCACAAGCAUUUGGUUUCGUUAGUUGGAUACUGCAUUGCUGAUGGGAAGAGAUUACUGGUUUAUGAGUUCAUACCAAAUAAUACAUUGGAGUUCCAUCUUCAUGAAAAAGGCAGGCCUACUUUAGAUUGGCCAACCAGACUGAAAAUCGCCCUCGGCUCUGCGAAAGGACUCGCAUAUUUACAUGAAGACUGCCAUCCUAAGAUUAUUCAUCGCGACAUUAAAGCAUCCAACAUUCUUCUUGACUUCAACUUUGAGGCGAAGGUUUCAGAUUUUGGGCUUGCAAAAAUCGCGUCGGAGACCAACACUCAUGUGUCCACCAGAGUCAUGGGAACUUUUGGUUACCUCGCCCCAGAGUAUGCAUCUACAGGCAAACUUACUGAUAAAUCUGAUGUAUUUUCAUUCGGUGUCAUGCUCCUCGAGCUAAUAACCGGUCGCCAGCCUUUCGAUUCAAAUCAAUCUUUCCUCGACGAUAGUUUGGUCGAUUGGGCAAGGCCCUUGCUUGCGCGUGCUAUAGACGACUGGAACUUUGACGUCCUUGUAGAUCCACGCCUUGGCCGUGGAUACAAUACAACGCAGAUGAGAAGCAUGAUUGCUUGCGCUGCCGUCGCUGUCCGCCAUUCGGCUAAGCGAAGGCCGCUGAUGAGUCAGAUUGUUAGAGCAUUGGAAGGAGAUGUGUUUCUUGACGAUCCGAAUGAAGGACUCAAACCGGGUCAAAGCGGCGCAUUCGGUUCGUAUGCCAGCUCGGAUUAUGAUGCAAUGCAGUACAUUGAAGACAUCAAAAAUUUCAGAAAACUGGCGCUCGGAAGCCGUGAAUAUGGAGGCAGCGGACAUAGCGAGCAAACCAGCGAAUAUGGUCAGGUUCACUCGGCUUCGAGCAGCGAAGAUGGCCGGCCGAGUCAAGAAAUGGAGAAGCAUGCGGCGAAGAAUGGGAGUCAAAGGUUUAGUAGUAGCAGCUGAUAAGCCUUAUGUUUUAGUUGUAAAUUUCAGUGAAGUUUUCCUUUGUUUUUAUAGCCAUUUAUAAUCAUUGACUUGAAAUAUAUUUGAAGAUUGAACAUGAUGCAUGCACAUAGAAAAUAAUUCAUGCAUGCAAAUUUUU